AUGAUCAAAGGACAUCCACCAACCCCUCCCCAAUCCACGGAUGGCGAUAUUCGCCCCGAAUGUUACUUGAGGCCUCCAGGCAUUCUCCAGAAGGAUCACAUCCAUGAGACCCCAUCAAACCUGCCUGUUCAGACCGAAAUGAAUGUCCAUAACCACCACAACAGCGAAAAGUCUUUGGGGUUCGCAGCUACCGUGGCACAUAAUCUACCCGCACACAUAACCGCCGAAAAUGGAAUCAUGACACGAAGUGGUCGAUCAAUUCUACCACCUGGCUCGCCCGUGGGUGUUAGAAAUGCCGCAGCCGACAAGGCGAGGGUCGUGAAAUCUCCCAGGACCAGGCGUCGUAGCAAGCCUGCCAAAACAGACAAAGGAGCGCCCCCAAACAUAACGGCCCCUCUGAGCGAACUGACCAAAGACAUGACACACAUUCCUAUUAAAGACAUGGAGGCUUGGGUUAACAGACCCAUCGAAGUCCGUCGCCGAGAGGUUGCCCUGAAGAACGGAAAGAUCGCCAGGCCGAUGAAUUCUUUCAUGCUCUAUCGUUCUGCAUAUGCUGAGAGAACGAAGGAGUGGUGCGCGCAGAACAAUCAUCAAGUCGUUUCCAGGGCCUCUGGUCAGAGCUGGCCUCUGGAACCUCCCGAAAUCAGAGAAAAGUUCGAAUUGUUGGCGAUCAUCGAGAGAGACAAUCACCAGAAAGCGCACCCGGAGUACAAGUUUGCUCCAAAUAAGAACCAGACUCCACCUCGAAAGAAGCGCUCUGUCGAAGGAGAUGAUAACAGCGAUGUCGAUGAGGCAGAAUUUGACAUUCGAUCCACAUCGCCACCGAACCCAAAGAGAGCGAGGAGUUCUGAAGUCGAUAGCUGCUAUGAGAGUCGCGAGUCGACUCCUUUUGACAGCCAAGGGUCGGUUCUCUCUGACAGUUUCAACCAGUCGCCCUGGAAGAACAACGGCCACAAUGCAAACAGAUCGAUUCCAGGUUUGAUGUCACCACCUGAACAGACGUUCUACUACCCACAGCACGGGGUCCAAUCCGGCAUGAUAAGGUCGCACGUAGAAGACGCGCCAUUCCCCAAACCUGGUUUCUCUGGUGGCCUUUACAACACCUCUGCAACAUUGGCCGGCAUUCCCGGAAAUAUUCACCAUGACUUGCUGCGCUCAUACCCUGCUGUUAACACCCCGCCUCAGAUUGAUGACGCUCAACUCGAUCCCCAGCUACUGGCAGUUGAUAACACAGUUGUGGACGUCGCUGCCCGACCUUCCAACUGCCAGUAUACACUCUGGCAGUCAGAACACGAGCUCAACAGCUUUGCACCGGUACCUAGUCCUGUAGGACUGAAUCCGGUCCCAUUUGAUAUUGGAUUGCCCAAUUAUGCGGGGGUACAGACCUUCGAGGAGGGACACAGCAUCUGGAACUUCAGCAACGAAGAGGGCAUUGGUGAAGCCGGAAAGGAGUUCGAUCAAUGGCUCAAUUCCCAGACAACGGCAUUUUGA